CAUGGUCGGCCAUUUGGGUGUCCAUCACCUUAACCACCAUGGCAUUUGCCAGCCCCUCAGCUUUGUGAUUCUUAAAAUGUCUAUUUUGCCUUUGUCUUUCAAAGAUAUUUUCAUUGAGUAGAGAUUUAUUUUAGUCUUUAAAAGAUGCCUCUUCACUUUCUUGUUACUUGCAUGGUUUUGUUAAGAAAUCUGCUGUCGAAAGAGAGACGGAUUUGUAAACCCUGAGCGAGCUCCUGCCUACCCAAGGCAGCUGCUGUGCGGAGACCACCCCCCGGGUGAAGCCACUGCCACUAUGUCUGACCAGGAGGCAAUACCCUCAACUGAAGACUUGGGGGAUAAGAAGGAAGGAGAAUACAUUAAAUUCAAAGUCACUGGACAAGGUAGUAGUGAGAUUCACUUCAAAGUGAAAAUGACAACACACCUCAAGAAACUCAAAGAAUCAUACUGUCAAAGACAGGGAGUUCCAAUAAAUUCACUCAGGUUUCUCUUUGAAGGUCAGAGAAUUACUGAUAAUCAUACUCCAAAAGAACUGGGAAUGGAAGAGGAAGAUGUGAUUGAAGUUUAUCAGGAACAAACGGGGGGAUCAUUCAAUGGUUUAGAUUUUCUUUUUAUUAUUUUUUCUUUUCCCUCAAUUCUUUUUUAUUUUUAAAAAUAGUUCUUUUGUAAUGUGGUGUUCAAAAUGGAGUUGAAAACUGGCUCCCCAUCUCUUUAAAACAUCUGGUAAUUUGAAUCCUAGUGUUCAUUAUUUGUUAUCGUUUGUUUCAUUGUGCUGAUGCCUCAGCUCCCUUCAUAGUGCCCUCUCCUUUAUAAAAGUUACACGUGUGCACAGAGAGGACACCUGUUUCAGGACUCUGCAUUUUCAGGCUUGUGGCGGUAACUAAGAUUGGCCAGUACGAGUGUUCAUAGUGACUUUCGAAUUGGCCUUGAAGUUCCAGCAUGUGAUUGCUUCGCUCCUGGACUAUGACUUUCAGUAGGAGAUAGAAGUUUUUCAGAGAACUGAACUGUGGAAAAAUGACCUUUCCUUAACUUGAAGCUAUUUUUAAAAUCUGAGGGUCUGGACCAAAAGAAGAAAAAUAUUAGAUCGGAAUCAAGAUGACAGAUAUGGUGAGAGCUCACUAACUCCAAAGAUGGCUUCACUGAAGAGAACCAUUUUAAGAUUUAAAUAACCUUGUCAGAAGAUCCCAGAAAAGUUCUAAUUUCCAUUAGCAGUUAAUAAAGUUAUUCAUGCGGAAGUGUAUAUAAUAGAACACUGCUCUUUUUGAUUUUAUUUGUACUUUUUGGCCUGGGAUAUAGGUUUUAAAUGGACAUUGUCUGUACCAGCUUCAUUAAAAUAAAC